AUGAAGCUUCUUACACUCUCCUCCAUUCUGUUUCCUUUCAUCUUCUUCGCUAAUUCAGCGGCCGCCGGCAAACACCGCUACAACGCAAACCGCAACCUGCAGCUCUGGAGGGUCCCGGCCUGCGCCGGGCUAUGCAUGAAAGAGCUCGAGUGGCGCCUGAACGAGAAAAAGCUCCCGCUUGACAUCAUCACGUGGUGCGACAAGACGUCGCCGCCGCACCGCCCGGACUGGGUCGACUUUGGCCGCAAGUUGGAUGAGUGCAAGUCGGUCCAGUGCACCGACGUGCGUUACUGGUACGAUUUCGCGGAGUGGCAUUGGAAGUACUGCUCGUGGCACGAAAACCCCAAGGCCAGCAUGGCUUUUGUCAACGAUUACCGCAUUAGCGCUUGGUGGCCCAACAACGAGGGCCGCCCGAGGCCUCCUGGUCAUGAGAGCUGGAUUUCGGAGAACCGGACCUCGGAUGCCACUCCGAGGUGA